GUAUCAUGCUCGCUCUCUCUUGCCUUCAAAACCUUUUUAAAAUCAAAACCAAACACCUUUCUCACUUUCACACUCAACCCUAUUUCGUCUCAUUAAACAUUCUCCCAAUCUGCUCUUCCACACUUUCACUUGCACAAACAAAACAAGCCCACGCUUUCGCUCUUCUCAGCGGCUUACUUCCCCACAGUGUAUCUGUUUCUGCAUCGCUCAUUCUCCAGUAUGCAAAAUUCAACAGCCCCCGAGCUUUCAAGCUUUUGUUUGAUCAAACUGUGGCUCAUUGUCGAACGGCAUGCUUGGGGAUUUUGUUUUGGUGAGUGAGAUUCAUUGUGAAAUUAUGAAGGUGGGUCUUGAUCGGGAUUUGAUGGUUGGAACUGCUUUGGUUGCUGCUUAUGGAAAAUGUGGUGAUAUGGAUUGUUUGAUGCGAGUGUUUGAUGGAAUGGUUGAAAGGAAUGUUGUUUCUUGGAAUGCGGUUAUUACUAGCUUUAAGUAUGGAGGACAUGGUAGAGACGCUUUGGAUAUCUUUAGGUUGAUGAUUAGCGACGGUGUGAAACCAGAUGGCGUCACAAUAUCUAGUAUGCUACCUGUGUUGGUUGAGUUGAACUGUUUUGCUGCAGGGAAAGAAGUACACUGUUAUAGUUUGAAACUGAGUUUAAAUUCAGAUAUAUCCGUUUCCACUUCUUUAAUAGAUAUGUAUGGCAAAUCUGGGCAUCCAGUUAAGGCAUAUCACGUGUUUAACAAAAGUAAAUCUCGAAAUGUUGUCUCCUGGAAUGCCAUUGUCGCGAGCUAUGCUCAAAAUGGGCUUGAGAUGGAGGCAAUAGAACUUGUGAGAGAAAUGCAGGCUAAUGAAGAAAUGCCCAACUCUGUUACCUUUACAAACGUUCUUCCUGCCUGUGCACGAGUGGGGUUUCUUCGUGCAGGAAAAGAGAUUCAUGCUAGGUCAGUUAGAACAGGUUCUACUGAUCUGUUUGUUUCAAAUGCUUUGAUAGACAUGUACGCCAAAUGUGGGUGCCUUAGUGUAGCACAAAAUGUUUUUGACAACUCUACUAGAAAUGAAGUCUCAUAUACUACUUUAAUUAUAGGUUAUUCUCAGUUAAAUGAUUGCUUGAAAGCAAUAACGUUAUUCACGGAAAUGGGGUUGAUAGGGAUGAAGCAUGAUAGUGUGUCCUAUAUGGGGGCUCUCUCAGCUUGUGCAAACAUUUCUGCUGCUAAACAAGGAAAGGAGAUUCAUGGUUUAGCCGUAAGAAAGCUGUUUCAUAUGCAUUUGUUUGUAGCCAACUCACUUCUCGACUUUUACACCAAAUGUGGAAGAAUUGAUCUUGCUCGAAAGGGUUUCGAUCAUAUUCCUAUCAAGGAUGUAGCCUCAUGGAAUACAAUGAUUUUAGGGUAUGGGAUGCUGGGUGAAUUUGAUACUGCAAUUAAUCUUUUUGAGAGCAUGAAAGAAGAUGGCAUCAAAUGUGAUUCAGUUUCUUAUAUUGCAGUUCUAUCUGUUUGUAGUCAUGGAGGGUUUUUGGAGAAAGGCAAACAGUAUUUUAACGAGAUCCAUGCUCUGGAUGUCGGACCAAACCAAACACACUAUGCUUGUAUGGUUGAUAUUUUUGCUCGAGCUGGCCUAAUGGAAGAGGCAGUAAAGUUUAUAAAGAGCAUGCCACUGGAACCAGAUGCAAAAGUCUGGGGUUCUCUGCUUGGGGCAUGCCGACUCCAUGAAAAUAUUGAGUUGGGAUCCUGGGCUGCGGAGAUUUUACUCAAGCUAAAACCGGAGCAACCCGGAUAUUACAUGCUCCACUCAAACAUGUAUGCAAAAGCAGGGAGAUGGGAUGAGGCAGAUAAAGUGAGAAAACUAAUGAAAUCAAGGGGAGUGAAGAAAAAUCCGGGCUGCAGUUGGAUUUGAACUUGUAUACCAAUGUGGGAAUCACAUUUAGCUUCACCAUAUUGCAAUGUAGCCAAGUAUAGAAUUGAUAUACCUUAACUUGAUCAAGGGGUUGUUAGACUUAAUUUAAAAGAAGUGAAUUAUUGUUUAAAGUAAAGAAAAAGAUUAUAAGUGAUAAGUAGA